CAUUAACCAGGCCGUGUAUUAGCUGAAGUACACAGGUGUACACGGAGUUUGGACUAAUUGCAUCAUGACAUCUACAACAGAAAACUAUUAUAGUUUGUUGGAGAUUUCACCAUCAGCUACGGCUGAAGAAAUUAAGAAAUCAUUUAAAAAGCUUUCUUUGAAAUAUCACCCUGAUAAGACUAAGAAUAAAGAAUAUCAUGAUAGAUUCAUUUCUAUUAAUGAAGCUUAUGAUACUUUGAAAGAUCCUGAAAAAAAGCGAGUUUAUGAUCUUCUGUUUCCAACUACAAGUAAUCAAUAUGCAUAUAGUACUACUACAACAAGUUCUUCCACAUAUCCAUCAUAUACCCCUGCAAAUUCAUUUAAUUCAUUUACAACAACUUAUAGUAGAUUCCUGAAUUUUUAUAAUCGUAAACAAGAUGCGAAAAGUCAGGAAGAGAAUAAUAGAGCUAAACAAGAGGCCGAAAAAUUAAGAAGGAGUAUGUUGGCAGAACAAAGGCGACAAGAAGAAGAAAGAAGACGGAAACAACGUGAAGAGGAAGAAAAUUUAAGACGACGUAUAUUAGAAGAAGAAAUAAGACAUCGUGAAAGAGAAGAAGAAAGAAGAAGGCAACAACGUGAAGGUAGUCAACAUAUUUUGAAUAAACUUAAUAAUCUACCCAAGACUGCUAGAAAGAAUGAAUUAGAAGAUCUUUUAGAUAAAUUUGAAAAGAAGGAAGCGGGUAUGAAGGGAAAUAAGUUUGAUAAAACUUCUACAGAAAGAGUACUACGGGAAAGAGUUAAUGAUGGAGAUAAGGGAUAUCAUGAAUCUAAGAAAUUUGCUCAAAGAAGAGUUCGAAUUAAUCAAAGUAAAGAUUUUAUUACUCCAGAUGAAUUCGAUGAGAUCUAUAAAUCCACCAAGGCUGGUCAAAGAGAAGAAGCUAGAAAAUUAAGAGAAGUGUCUGAUGAACUAAAGGCUAGGGAUAAUAGUUCAUCAAGGGAAGCAUCAGUAGGGGCUGCUGAAAAUGGUAAGGAUUUAAAUUCUAGUAGAAGUAAAUCUCCAGAGCAUAUAAUUGAAGAUGAGCUGCUGCCAUUGAAAGGGAAUACUGGAUCAAGUGAAACAAAUGUUGCAGAAGAAGAUGAAGAAGAUGAUGACUAUUUUGAAGAAUAUGUACCUGGAAAUCCUCCUACUUUACAUGGUCAAGAUUCAACUGAUCCAAUAGUUUUGGAUGAUGAAGAAGCAGCUAUGGAGGCUAAUGCUAAAAGAAAUAAGGCCAAAUUAGGUAGUUCAGAAGAAGAUAAAGAAGAUAGUGAUCGGGAAUACAAGAAGAGAGGAACAUCUCCAAUUAGAGUUUCUAUAACGAAACAACAACAAGAUUUCAUUCCUCUAGAUGAAACUUCAAGGAAUAGUUCGAAACGUCCUAAAACUUCAGGCACUACAUUUUCUUAUAAUGAGAUUCAUAAAACUCUUGAAGGUCAAAAUAUUGAUGAUACAGAUUUUACGGAAAUGAUCAAUAAUUUACCCAAUACAAAUAAUGGUAGAAGAAAGCCUAGUGCCGAAAUCUCUACUGCUCUGUCUAAAAGAGCUAAAGUUGCUGAAUAUUAUGAUGGAAGUUCAAGAGCUGAAACUUUAUCUACUCCAAUUAAUAGGAAUACUGUCAGAGGUUAUAAUCCUAGUGUUGAACCAUCGCCUAAGAAACCGUUGACGGUAUUUGAUUUACAUGCUUCACCAUCAAUCUUUGAAUGUAAACCACCCGCAACACCUAGUGCUGUAAUUAAUCCGGCGAUUUCUAGAAGUGGAUGGAAAAGUUAUGUUAAAAAAAUGCAAAGAUAUCAUCGAGAUUUCUUACAAUACAAAAAGUUAGUUAUUCAAUAUCAAUUGGAGAGAGUUGCUAAAGAUGAAGAGCUAUUUGAGGAAAUAAAUGAUGAAGUUAAUCUGGAAGUAUAUCAUCAAUGUUUAAGAAGAGAUUUACAAGUUAAUCAGGAAUAUACUGAGCAAUUACGAAUCUUUACAAAUGUCAUGACGAUCUACAAACAGAAUUGCGGUUGGAUGAACAUCAGACACAAGGAUCAGGGGUGGUAAUAUACAUAUAUAAAUGCAUAUAUAAUUUGUUUAUAGAAUCAAUAGUCAUAAUAUAAUUAUAAUUAUAAUUA